GCGGAGCAGAAGCCUGCGGCCGAUAGCCCCGUGUGAGCUGGCAGUGAAGCUGUCAAAACUAAAUUUUCAGUCGCGGACUUAGUCAUAGGGGAGCUGAUGGAAGUCCCUCACAAAUCUCUGACAGACGAGGACUCGGUGAGCGCAGAGAAGAGCUGUCACUGGCUGAACCUGGGCUCAGCACCGCAGGGAAAUUGCCGGCGCUGCAUGGGGGAGGAUCUUCCAGUAGUGAUGCCGGAGAUAACCCAAGACUUUUUGAAGUACCGCACCAUGUACCGAGCUCACCUCCCUGGUGCAGGCAUCUUCCAGUGCUCCAUCACAGGCCUCAGCUUCGAGGUGAAGUCACCAGUGACCAUCACCUACAGAUAUGCCACCUGGACCAGGCACCUGAGCAAGGCUGACCAGGAAAUAUGGGUGCCCGCCGGACCCCUCUUCCACAUCAAUGUGCAGCCUGGGGUCGUGCAGGCGGUGCGUCUCCCCCACUUCAUCUGCCUGGCAGAAGACGUAAAUACCAGUCUGUGCUCCAUUGCCCAUUUUAAAUCUGGGAAGAUGACCCUGGAGAGACCGACCAGAGUGAUCACUUUCUCUGCUGUCCUGGAGAAUCCCAGCUUCUCACUGCUUGGGGUGCUUUGGAGGAGGAUACGUUCAACCUUAAGUUCAUUCCCUAUGCACUCCUUGGUGCUGAUCUUCCAGCAGCUCAGUGCUGCAAAUACAACUCUUCACCUCUACCUGAUCCCAGAUGACAACUCUGUGAAGCAGGCCGUUGAAAAACAAGAAAUGAAUUGGCAUUCAAAGCUUAUUCCCAAGCCUCCUCCAUUCAACCCUCUGUUCUUCGGCUGCAUUUACCGGGUGACCAGUACAAAUCCCGUGGUGAUAACACCUGAAGCACAGUUGCCGUUUUACUACAAGAGUCCGAAGGAACAGCAGCUCUUUGUCGAGAUCUACAUCAGAAACAUGGCAGAGGAAAUCGAGCUCUGUAUGACAGACACACGCAAUGACACCGUGAUCUGGAGGGCGUCAGUGAGAUCAGGUGAUAUUAGUCUUCCUGACCGUGUCUCCAAGACCUUGUCAGCCGCAGCCUUCAUGAGGAAGCACAAGACCGAGCUUUGCUCCAGGAUGAGGCAGCUUUCCACCAUCCUGCUAUACUUACGGAAUGCAAACGUCAUCAACAGCGAUGAAGAAGAGGAGGUGCAAGGUCAAGAUACGAGUCAAAGGAAGAACCGAAUUUUGCUGGAGCUAGCUGAGAAGAAAGGGCUGAAGGCCCAGGAACAGCUCUACCGGAUCCUCCAGAUCAAAGACCCGUACCUCAUCGCAGACCUGCAGUCCAGCUAGGCCUGGGAAAGCAGACUGCUUUUCCUCCCAUUGCUCAGCUUACGGGAGCAACGGAAGGGCAGUCUGGUUUACCAGCACCUGAGUCCUGACAUUUCAAUGCAAAAUCCAUGGUGCAAAGCAGCAAUAAGCCUUCUGAACUGCCCGGUCUCAGGCCUGCCUUGCUUGGCUGACUUGGUUGCCAGCAGUGGAUGACCAGUGUCACACUGGCCACUGGUGAGAACCUGCUGGAACAAGAGACAUUGGUUCCCAAUCCAGUGCCAAAACCUCGGACCUGUCUGCCUCCCUGAGACAGGGCCUCUGCCUCUCCAGAAGCUGCAGGCAGCUGCUAGCAGAGGAGCUCCCAUCACAACAGGUACCUCCAGCUCAGCCUCCCCGUCCUCAGUGUCCAUGGGCUCCUCUCACGGCUGGAGGAGGGGAGCUGCUUGACCACGCAGAGCUCUCUGCAGAGGUUUGUUCUCAUGCACAAGCCACAGCAAGCCAUAGAUGUUGAUGCGAACCCAUAUCAACGUCAAACCUUCCCCUCGUUUCCCUCCAGCCUAGUUUACCCAAAUGACCAAAAUUCACUGAAGGAGCAAACAAGCAUCCUGACCCCCACAGCAGCCAUGUGAAGGAGCCCCUCCCAAAGAAGCCACAAAAAAUAGCAAAGAUAAGAGAUACAGGUUCAUGCAUCUUCAGGGAAAGUCUGACUCAAUAGCAGCUGCUUUACGUUCAAAAAAAAGCCAGCAGAUUAUUUUUUAAUUACAUUCUUUGCAUCCAUAAAGUCAGUUCCUUUCUGGAUCAUGUGGAUGCCUUCACUGAUGGCAUCCUCCUGCGGUUCAACACACCAGUCAGGGCAGGAGCAGUCUGCUCUGGUGUCCAGUAUCUAAGAAGAGGUUUUUUUGGAUCAAGCUCAGGUGAAAUUCAGACUUGCCUAAGUGCUUCAAAGGAGCUUCCAGGGAGUGUCGAGUGAAAUGAUCCCCACCACACGCUCCAUGGCUUUGUGGGGUGGAAAUGAGACUGCUGCCUUAAGUAUUGCUUCAGAAAGUAUUAUAUUUAUUCCUUCUCUUGAACGCCUGGAGAGCACAUCGCUGCUGAAACAUGCUAGAGUGUGUCUCUGCUCCAUUAAGGGUUGGGGACCUUCAAUGCAACCAGGGAUAAUACGAAAAGGAGGAAGCUGGGAACAAGACCACGCAGGGACGCAGACCUGACCGCCAGAUGACAAGGGAGGCAGCGAAGGGGACCAGACAUCGCCGCUCACGCUAAUUCGUGGGCUAUCCAGAAGCCACACUGGGGCUGGCCCUUCCAGGAGGAUCAGCCUGGGCUUUGCAGGUGCUGAGCGUGUGAACCAGGGGGACCCCACACACGGGCUGGGGG